GAAGAAAAUUGGCGCCAAGCAAAUAUUCAAACUUUUAAAAGUUAAAAAAUAUUAUUUGUUUUGUAAUUAUUAGUUGAGUUAGUAAAAUACUAGCUGCAGGAAAAUAAUGGAUCGUUAUGUUAUUAGGGAGCCAAGGGUUGGUGCAGAUUAUCCGCAGGGAAAUCAAAUGAUGCAUUUUCCUGUGAAUGUAGGAAGAAACAACAUGCUACCUCAAGAAAAUGUUUACUAUCCUCCAAGCGGACCGUAUGCGCUUCAAUUUACUAACAUGCAAAAUGCGCCAAAUGCAAGUUAUCCGAGUGACGUUAAUGCAAUGAACUCGCCAGCUUUUGGACAAAUUAACAUGGGCCCUGGUCAAACUCAAAUGGUGACAGGAAUUGAUCCUCGUUACUUAGCAAACUAUUCAGACAACCGCGCUCAAUACAUAGUUACAGGUCAACAGAUGCAAGUUGAACCAACCACAACACCUCUCGAUACCGGAUUAGGAGCUAAUUACUUAAACUCUAACUUUGGAGGAGCUGAUAGGAACAAAGUUAAAACUUUCGUUCCUCAGGUCUUAACACAUAUUAAUAGAGCAGGACCACAUUCGGAACCACCGAAAAGUAAAACAUCGUUUGGAGGAACUACUAAAAAUACUUUUCAAAAUCAACAUAAUUCCCAGACACGUGAGGAACAAAAUACUAUUACUGCAACAACCAAAAAAUCUACAGACGGAAAUGAAGUCAUCAAAAAAGAACCACAGAAUACGUCAGUUUCGAAAAUGGACAGACUGAAGGCGCUUCAGAAAAGCGGUCCGAGAGCGUUUUCCGGUCCAGUGGAGAAGGUGCUUAAAUGGCACAAGGCCCUACAAGACAUCGGCGUUUUUGUAUUUUAUGAAAUUAUUGCCAAAUGUGUGAGUGUAAGACCCGGAGAGUCUUGCGCUAAAAACCUUGUAAUAAGGGACGAUAACGGACCAGCAAUGCAAGUCGUUUAUUACGAGAUUGAUUUCAUGUUACCAGAAUUAAAAGUUCCUUCUACUGUAAGGGUAAUAGGCAGAAUGAUAGCUGGUACAUGUAGACUUCAGGCGUUCAGCGUGCGUCCUGCUACGGGUGACGAUGUAGCGACUUUACAACGUAGAGCAGCAGUAGCCGCCCAUCAUGUUGCACGUCUCUGCAAAGAAAAUGGAGUAUCUCAAUAAUUCAUUCAAGUUUUAUAUUA